UGGCAUUGGCAAGUGGCUAGGUUAGCCAGUAGUACUAACCCCCUUUAUAGUAACAACAUAGUUUUAAAGAAUUCUAACGUUACAAUUGUGCCUCUUGUUACUGGAUAUCAUGUUACAAAAACAAGUUUUAUUAAGGUUUUAAUGUAAUUUUUUACUUUAUUUUAGAGAUGCCAGGAAGUUCAACGAAAAUGUGCCCAGGGUGCAAUACCCUAAUAAGUGUUGCAUACAAAGCUUGCCCACAUUGCAAACAACUGCAGCCAUACAAAGCAAAAGUUGCAGCAAAGAGAUGCAACUUUCAAAAUAAAAAAAAUGAAUGGAAGGAGUCGGUCAAGAAAAACAACAACAGGACAGUUGUUCUCAAUAGCAGCCAUGUGUUGCUUGACAAACUUGCUGCCCUCGAUUUUUUCCCAAUACUACUUUUGGGUAAGAAAUGCAAAGGAAGUUUGGUGGCCGAUGUCAUCCUAGGAGGGGACUAUAUUUUGGAUCCUGAUUUGCUUCAGAGGGUUAAAGUUAUGUAUGAAGCUGUGCUAAAGAUUCAUUUUCAAAGACAGAAGAAGGCCACAAGUAGCACAGAAACUACUCACCCUCCCAAAGCCACUGCCACUGAGACCAACGUCACUCCAGAAGCCACUGAGACCAACGUCACUCCAGAAGCCACUGAGACCAACGUCACUCCAGAAGCCACUGAGACCAACGUCACUCCAGAAGCCACUGAGACCAACGUCACUCCAGAAGCCACUGAGACCAACGUCACUCCAGAAGCCACUGAGACCACCGUCAUUCCAGAAGCCACUGAGACCACCGUCAUUCCAGAAGCCACUGAGACCACCGUCAUUCCAGAAGCCACUGAGACCAAUGUCACUCCAGAAGCCACUGAGACCAAUGUCACUCCAGAAGCCACUGAGACCACCGUCAUUCCAGAAGCCACUGAGACCAACGUCACUCCAGAAGCCACUGAGACCACCGUCAUUCCAGAAGCCACUGAGACCAACGUCACUCCAGAAGCCACUGAGACCACCGUCACUCCAGAAGCCACUGAGACCACCGUCACUCCAGAAGCCACUGAGACCACCGUCACUCCAGAAGCCACUGAGACCACCGUCAUUCCAGAAGCCACUGAGACCACCGUCAUUCCAGAAGCCACUGAGACCAACGUCACUCCAGAUGCCACUGAGACCAACGUCAUUCCAGAAGCCACUGAGACCAACGUCACUCCAGAUGCCACUGAGACCACCGUCAUUCCAGAAGCCACUGAGACCACAGGCUCAUCAAAAGCCACAAGACCCCGGGGCCAGAAGGCAAAAAAAAGACAAAAUCCAGUCCAACAGAGGGUAGCCAGCAAUAUGAAGCCAAAAAAAAAGUAUGAGUGUCCAGAAUGCUGUUGGAGAGUGAGGCAAAACAACUUUGACUACUCCAAGGUUUUGAAAAGAAGAGUGAGAGAGGGAACAGAGGAGGUCCUCAUUUGUUGGGUUCCAUGCAAGACCUGUGGGACCAAAUGGAAAGACUCCUGGGAGCCCUCCUCCCUUCUUGAAUAAUGAAUUACAUUUUUAUUUUUAUUUUGUAUUUUCUUUUAUAAUGAAUAAAAUAACUACAAACAUAAACAAA